CGCGCCUGCUGCAUGCUCGGUGCCGCCUCAGCCCCAGCCGGAGGUGGUGGAAGAUGGCGGAGCCGGGGCCGGAUUGCAGCUCUCUGCUCGAUGAGGAUCUUUCCUCCUUCGUCUUCAGUUACCUCGCUGACAGCCAGUACGAGGUGUCUGGCGAGGAGCACCUCUACUCCGACUUCCCGGAGAUCGAUCUGUCUCAGCUGGAUGCCAGCGACUUCGACUCGGCCAGCUGCUUCAGCGAGCUGCAGUGGUGCGGGGAGCACUCGGAGACAGACUCCAGCCAGUACAGCACUGAUGACUCCGAGCUCUUCCAGAUAAUAGACAGCGAGAACGAAGCGUUGCUGGCAGCCCUCACGGAGACAUUGGAUGAUAUACAGGGAGAUGACAUGGGCCUGGCUGCCUUCCGAAAUGAAGAGGGGGACACGCUCAACAAUGCCUACACCUCACCUGCCCCCUCCCCCAAACCCACCGCCCCGGUCACGGGGGGGCCGUCCCCGGCCCCCGAGUUUGAUGAGCUGUCUCUACUGAAGAAGUUGCUCCUCUCUCCAUCGCAUGUGCCUCCGAGCUGUGAGGCUCAGCGGGACGGGACCGCCCGGCGCCCGGGGACCCCAAAAUCCCGACCAGCACGGCCCUGCACGAAGUUGGAGGGUCCCCGGGACAGGAGGGCGAGUGUCCCGCAGGCACAGAGCCGCAGCUGCACUGAACUGCACAGGCACCUCACCUCCACCACCCCCUUCCAGACCAAAGCCCCCCAGGCACCCGAGGAGUGCCCCAGCGGUGGCCACCACCUGUCCCCGGGCGACUGCGCCCAUCACGAGGACGACAGUGACUCCAGCGAGGACUCGCUGAGCUCCGGUGACUCGGUGACACCCCUCUCCUCAACAGAGGAUGGCUCCGGCAGCCGGUUGUCCUGUGAGGGGGAGAUGCACUCCGUGGUGGAGCUCAUCCGCUACAUGCACACCUACUGCCUGCCGCCGCGGAAGCUGGCCCACCCGUGACCCGCCGACGCCAAGCCCCAGCCCUGCAGCAGCCCCUUCAAGAGAGCCAAACCGCUUCCCGCACAGCCGGGCCCCGCUGGCAGCGCCCAGAGCCGGCCGGGCUGUGCCUGGCAGGCAGCAGGCAGCUGCAAGAAGCCGGGAGCAUCCUUCUCCAUCCUGAAGGAGCUGCUGGCGCGGGACCUGCUGUGUGACGUGAGCAAGCCAUACCGCCUGGGCAAGCCCGUGUACGCUGCCCUGGCACGGCCGCCCAGCUCCUGCUCCCCUGUGCCCCAGCCCGAUGGGGAGGAUGCCAGUGGGACUUGCACCUCCAGAGUGAAAACAGCACCAGAGAAGGGUGAGCCACGGCAGAGCCCUGGAGCUGAGGCAGAGGCACUGCAGGCUGGUGGCCAUGAGGACAAUGGUGGGAAGCAAGAGGGGACCAGCACAGCCGUGGGGAAGGUGGCCCGCAAGCAGGACAACACUGUUUAUGCCGUCCGCCGGUCCAAGAGACUCAACCCCGAGCUCGGGCUGCUGUCCUUCCUUGAUGAGCCACCCCCCGAGCCCUCCGUGCCCCUGGCCUGCAGAGAGGCUGCACCAUGCCCGGUGCUGGAGGGAUUCUCUGCUGAAGAGCCUGCGGCUGAAGUGGAGGUGGGGGGCACAGCACCAUCGGCGGAGCCCCAGCCCCUCUCCCUGGAUUCCCUGGAUGGUGAGGUUGGAAACAGGGCUGAGAGCCGGCGCUGUGCCCUCCUGGAGCAAACAGAAACACCCAGAUGUCUCACGCUGUCCUUGGCACAAACUGACCCAGCCUUUGAAAGAAACUUUGAGUCAAUGCUGACUGUGGAGCUGUGUGGGACAGCAGGUCUCACACCACCCACCACUCCGCCAUACAAGCCUGCUGAGGAGGACCUGUACAAGCCAGACAUCCCCCAGGAGCCAGGGAAGGAGGACGGGAUGGCCCCCAGCCCUGGGGGUGCAGGGGAUGUGGCAGCCUCCCGGAAAGCCCCCAGGAAGCACCCCGAGAGGACGGAGCUCUUCGCCCACCUGAGCCGAGCUGCCACCACACGCCCCACGCUCCCCGAGCAGCAGGGCCUGCUCAAGAGGCCCUUCUCCCGCUCCUUCGGGGACCACGACUACUGCCAGGUGCUCAAACCCGAGGCUGCCCUGCAGAGAAAGGUGCUCAAGUCGUGGGAGCCCACGAGCCAAGUGGAGACGGAGCACAAGAGGAAGGUCCCAGCUGCCCACUACCAGGGACUGGACCUCGGCAAGGAGGCGGGCGGCGAGAUGCUGUGGAAGGAUGGCAAGCAGCUGAGAGACCAGGAGAUCAGAGCCAGCUUAACAAAGCACUUUGGCUUCCUGGACAGUGCUCUCGAUGACGAGGACAUGGUCUUCUGCAAGACCCCCGAGUACGACACUGUCUUUGAAGACAGCUGCAGUGAGAGUGGCUCCCCCGUGGAGGAGGAGGAUGAGGAGGAAGAGGAGGAGGAGGAGGAGGAGCGUGGCAACUCCAAGGUGUGCCUGCGGAGAAACCCCCUCUCCAGGACCAGUUUGCAUUACUGUUCCCGGAGCAGGUCCAGCUCGGGGUCUUCGUGCUGCCGGUCGCGAUCACCUGCCAGCAGACGCACCUUCAGGUGUGAGAACGGCGAGCAGUGUCAGGGCGGGAGCGGGCACCGGGGCCAGCUGGAGAAGAGACGGGAAAAGGCCAUCGGGGAAGGCCGAGUUGUGUACAUCAGAAACCUCUCCAGCAGCAUGAGCUCCAGUGAACUGAAGAAACGCUUCGAGGUGUUUGGUGAAAUCGUGGAGUGUCAGGUCCUGUCCAGGACUAACAGGGGGGAUAAAUAUGGCUUUAUCACCUACCGGUAUUCAGAGCAUGCCGCCUUAUCUCUGAAGAAUGGCCCCUCCCUAAGGAAGAGGAAUGAGCCUUCCUUCCAGCUCAGCUCUGGUGGCCUUGGGCGCUUCUUCUGGACCAGAUAUGCUGACUUGGAUUGCGGCACGGAGGAAUCCUCCCCAGCUCCAGUGAAAAGCAAGUACGAGACCAUGGAUUUCGACAGCUUGCUGCAGGAGGCCCAGCUAAGCCUGCAUCGGUAACAGCCUUAACCUUGGAGGAAUACCUCAAUACCUCAGUCAAGCACUUCCAAUAUGUUUACGUUUUCAAAGAAAUUAUUCAGUCUAUGGAAAGCGAGAGAGCGAGAGAGAGCGAGAGCACGCACGCGCGAGAGAGAGACUGCUGUCCCUUCUGAUCGAUGUUUACAUUGAACAAAGCUGCUUCUGUCUGUGAGUCCCCAUGGUGUUGAUGUCUCACUGCCACACGUUAGUCCCUCCGCUUCUGACUGGUUGUUUUAGGGUGAGCCUAGGAGCCCCCCGGCCCCUCCCCCUCCCCCUCCCCGUGCUCCCGCCGUGGAGUUGCAGCUGUGUCACCAUAACAUUUUUUUGUCUGUAGUGUGUGAUGAUGAAAUUGUUAAUUGUGAAUAGAAUCAGGAUUAUAACUAAUUUUUAAUAGAAAAGAGAAAAAAAAAGUAUAUACUUAAAAAAAAUGUAUUUAUGGCUCAGAUGUACUGUAAUUCAGAUUUAUUGUACCGCUUCCUUGAUUUUUAACUAUGCACUGUAAUGAGGCACUUGCCACUCAGCAAAUGGGGGGUCAGAGCAGAGUCCCAGAGCUGACAUUCACCCGCCUCCCUGCUGGCAAACCGGGGUGCUCGAUGGUUGUGCUGGGGUCAUCCACUUUGCUGUCAAAGCCAUUCUUCUUGCUCACGUGGCCCGAGCCCCGCAGCAGCACACAGAUGCUGAGCUGGGUCCUGGUGCACGAUGGAGCCAGGGCCAGGCAGCUUUGCAGGUGGGAAGGAGAGGGGUGGAAGAAGGAUGCACUACUUCCAACCAGCACUGCUCCAGCCCUCUGCUGCUUUUGGAGCCAGGAGAGAGGGGUUGGGGGGGCUGGAGCCAGCCAGGCUUGAAUCCAGCGGGUCUGCUGGCACAGCCUGAGGGAUGGGUAUCUCCAGGUCAGUAUGAGGAUCUGGCUUCUCUCCAGCCCCUCGGAUGGCUGGGAGACCGGCCAGGCCAAACAGUUUGCUCUGCACUCUCUUCCAGCCCCUGCAAAGCAAGCGGGGUGAGAAGACCCGUCGUGACCAUCUGUGAUCUCCACUGGGCAGCCAGUCAAAAUCCAGAGAGGCGGAAGGGGGCACAGCAUCCGCACGAGCGUCUGCCCACCCAGCACCCUGCCCGCCCUCCGCCCACUGCCUGAUAAGCCAUACACUUCCCGCACCCACUCGGCACCCAGGAUCCGUCCCAUGCCCGCCAGUGCCCACGGCACGUUUGCCCGCUCUGUCUCUGGCCAGGGGCCUUCAGGACUGGAUUUAGGAAUGCUCAAGCAUGAAAUUUGCUUGCGGACUUGCCCUCCACCUCUGGGUGAGGUGCGAUGGGGAGAGAGCCCACCCAGCUGGAGCAAACCCCACCACCAGCUGGCCAGAGGCACUGUUUCCUGAGGGAGUGGGAAUCUCACUGCUCCUCAAGCCAUUGCCAUCGUCUCCUUUUAUUUUUCCUCCCAAAGACCACUAGGAUUCAGCCAUCCUAUGUAGAUAGAAUUUAUGCCUUAACUCUGCAAUAGAUAGAUUAGAAUCUCCUGGGGUCUCCCCUGACAUGACUUAGGGGUUUUAUUCUCAUUUCCUUGGCGUGGAUAUAUUUCGUCUUGCAGGGAGAAUGACCAAAACCUUUGAAAUUGCACAAGGUGAUGCCAAGCCUGAGCCCUGCCGGGAUGGCCCCUGGCUCUGGGGCUGUGAGUGCAGCUGGUCUCUGGUGGGAGCAGGAACGCCGGCAGCGCUACACCAGCACAGUUCCCGCUAUUUCUUUCAGGAAAGCCGUGGUUCUGACAACAACCAGCCCGGCAGCGCGAGGGCCCAGAGGCCACCACGGGUCCCCAAUCCACCACCAGUGACGAUCACUGCCAGGGAACAGUUUCUUGUGCCAUUUCAGCCUCACAGCAAGGUUUGGUGUCUCUCCUCCACAAAUCCCCCCACUUCUCAUCCCACCUUAGUGAACAUGAGCAUCGCUGGCCGAGACUGAGCAUCUGCUAUUGGCAAUUGCCUCAUUGUAGCUUUGCCUUUUUCUGUCCUAGUAUUUCCUCACUGAUGAUGUUUACAUGUGAUUGCUAUAGAGCUUAUGUAGAAUGUAUAUAGCGACACAUUUAGGUGGGUAGUACUGUCCUGGCUGUGCUGAUGUUUUUCAGAAAACGAUCAAUCCAAAAAAAAACGCAACAAAACAAAACAAAAAAACAAAAACAAAUAGCUAAGUAAGUGGAAUUCUUCCAUCUCCCUCAGCCAGGGGCACCCAUGGCCGGGCCCUGCUGGGGAUGCAUCAAGCGUGGUGGAGGGGAAGGGUUAGUGCAGAGCUGGGGGGACUCCAGCCCACUCCUGGAGGAUCACUCAGUUGCUUCCCAAGCAUUGGUUUUGGUGUACCAGAUAAAAAUUUCACAUUGUUUUCCUGCAGCUGGGCACCCAGGUUGGCCCCCAGCCCCGCCUGUGCCCAGCUGCUGUCUGAGCAGUGCUUGGGAAGGGAGGGCUGGUCCUGCACAGAGCUGAUCAGUACUGCAGCCAUAGGGUAGGAAGAGAUGCAAUAAGUGGUCUUCGAGGUGCCUGAAGCCUAUAAGUGGGGUUGGUUUUUUUUUUUUCCUUUGGGUUUUUUACUUUUUUUUUUCCAUUAAAUUGGGAUGGUUUGUUUUCCCUCCCCCCAAGAAUUUUUCCAGAUCUUAUGCACUAUGCAUGGAGCCCCAUGGGCUGUGUGCUGCCUGCCUGGGGACGUGUGCUGCCGCCCUGGUGGCUUCCUCCAAAUUUUAGGAUUGGGUGAAAGUGGAGAGAGCACUUUUCUGGGUUUAGAGUCCCUCAUGCAGGUUUUGUGUGUAAAAAGUAAUUUCCACUGGAUUUUUUUUUUGGGGGGGAGGUGGUUCUUUUUCUAUAAAGGUGUCUUUACUCACAGUGCUCAUGUCUGCACAGGGCAGGAAGUGCGCUUGGGCACAGGGGCAGGUGAGAGCUCCGUCCUUAGCAGCCUGUGACUGUGCUGACAGGGAAGUGGGGCAGGAGCAAAGCAAUGCUUGGGCACUGUGUGGGGGGAGGCAGACAGUGCUACCAGGCAAGCCAGGGCCACAAUUUUGCAGGAGCUGUCCAGGGAGUGGCGAUCCCCCUCUCUCCAGGAUUGCCUUUAUGUCCCACCACCUGUGGCAUCGAUUUGGGUGCCCCAGGGUGGGUGCAGCUCGGAGCUGGGCACCCCAAAAAGGGAACCUAACACCCCAGCCCUUCGAGGGGGCUGUGGGAUAGGUAGGAAGCGGCUUCAAGAGAACUGGGAGCAAAGGGUUUACUUUGGUAGGCAAUAAGUCAGGAGGAGAUUUAUUUUUUUAAAAUAUGUAAUUAUAGAAUGUCCCCCAGUCACUUCCUGCAAGUGCUGUGGGAAUGCUGAAUGUGAAGAGUUUCGUGAUAAAUGCCCCUUUGCUUUUUGCACAGGUUUGCCCAGAAAAGCUCGUUGUUCAGGGUGGGAUACUGGAUUUCUGGCUGGAAUCCGUGGGUCCCUGAGCUCCGCAGGAAGGAGCAAAAUGUCUCUGAGUGUGUGGGCUGAAUGCAGAGGACAAUCCCAGGUUUAGGUUUGAUGCUGCCCCAAAGAAAAUGUUUAUCCCUUCCUCAGCGCAGCUGCCUGGGCUGCACAUCUUGAAUAAAGCAGCUCAGUCACCAUGUUACAGUCCUGUCUGAUUUCAGCUCUGGUCCAUGCAAAGGAGUAUGCAAUUGCAGAUCAACAUGGUUUAUCCUUUCUUUUUGUUCUUUUUUUUUUUCCUUCUUCCUGGAGGUAUGCUGAAUCCUAAGAUACAUCGGUGUUCAACCCACCCUUUCUGUUCUAAGCAUUGUAGUCCAUCCCCGACAAUCUCAAGCAAUAUAGAGCCAAACGCAGCCUGGGUUUCAUUCCUCUUCCCUCACCCUCCCUGGGUCAGGGACAGCAGCAGCUUGGCUGCAACCCAAGAGUCGGGAGAGGUGUGUAUGCAUGCGAGAAACAGAGAGAACAGUUAAAUUGAUGCAUUUCUUGAGAAGGUGUAAGAAUUUCACCAAAAAAAGGGGCACAUCUGCUUUGUUAUUUAUGAAAAAAAAAGCUAAAUUCUGUCUUUUUCUUCUUUUUUUUUCUUUUUUUUAGUAAAAGGACACUGCUCUAUUAUUAGGGGCCAUUCUGCCUCCCUGUGCUCAUUGCUGGUAAGUACUACUUAACUGCAAUUUUCUACUUGCAGUAAGUAAAAGUAGCAGAAUUGAUCCCACUGUGAUAAAAGAAUCAAGUUUUUAGUAUGGUUUUUUUUCAAUUGGUAUGGUUUUUUUAUUUUCACUUAAUUUUUUCCCCAGUUCCUUUCUGUUGUGUCCUUUUAUGUAAUAUACUUUAACCUUAAAGAUGGCAUGGAUUCUUAUGCCUUUCCUUUAUUAUUAUUGUUAUUAUUUUUAAAAAAAAAGAGAUUUAUUUCUAGUGUGAUUUAACUGUCUACCUUCUAAAAGAGAGAACGUUUUCUUGUAUUUUUACAUUGUCAGAUUCUAUAGUUUCAUAGAUAUUUACCAAAUCGCUCAUGUAUUCUCUAUAUCUAUCCAGUGGGUAUAAAGUUCUAUUUUAAAUUGUGUAAAUACUUCAGAACUGGCUUCUUUUUCCAGACUCCCCUGCCGUGGAGUUAAUUGUUUACAUCAAAAAGACUGUAGAUCUCUACGCUCAUGUCUGUAAAUAGUGAAGUGAUCUGCCUAUAAAUAAACGAUAACAUAUAUACUAUAAGUGGGAAAAAAAAUCAAAAGACAA